GAGGUUUUCACUAGUGAAGAAUACGAUACAAAAGCUGAUGUUUUCUCAUUUGCAUUGAUUGUUCAAGAGAUGAUCGAAGGCUGUAUGCCGUUUGCUGAAAAGGAAGACAGUGAAGCUUCGGAUGCUUAUGCUGGCAAAGCGCGACCAUUGUUUAAAGCUCCAUCAAAGCAGUACCCACAUGGUCUUAAAACGUUGAUAGAAGAAUGCUGGCAUGAGAAACCUGCAAAACGACCUACUUUCAGAGAGAUCAUUAAACGGCUUGAGUCCAUUCUUCACCACAUGGGUCACAAGCGACAAUGGAGGAUGAGGCCAUUGACAUGCUUUCAGAACUUCGAGCACAAGAAGAAACAUAAUUGGGAUUUGAGCAGCAAUGACGGCUCGUCAUCCGGUUCACAUUUGUGAUUCUUUAAAGAAACGAUUCUUUUAUAUUCCUUCCCGGUUUAGUUUGGUUUUCCCCAAAGCAACCGAAUUUGACUUUUGUAAUUUGUCUUCUUGAGGUACCCUACUGAAGAGUUUGGCCAAAGAAAAAAAGAAGAUGUACACUGCAUUUUCAUUGUAGUAUAAAAAAUUGUUGUAAGAUUUAUGAUUUCAAUCUCAAUAUCUGCUGCUGUAAUCUAAAAUUGGUGUCAGAUUUGAAGACUACAAAAGUCCAUCUAUGAUCCAUAACUUCCAAAUGUAAAAACAUAGCUCUUGCAAUGUUAAAAUGUAAUAGUUAGCUUCUUGUUA